GAAUCAUUCGAUUUAUCAGUAGAUUUAUCAGUGUGUGGCAUGGCCUCUCACCACGGCCACGGAAACACCAGUAGCAAUGUAUCAUAUUUGAUUUUGGCACUAUGUCCCCAACAGAUGAACACAUUAUUUUCCAACACUGUAAAAGCAACAAACAGCAGACCAAAUUGCGAAAGAAAAGAAACAAGACAGGUAUUCUUAUUUCAUACGAGACGAUGAAUAUCAGAAGCGGCAUACUCGUUUUCUUCUAUAUACCGCAUAUAUUUGCAAGUUCUUAUUUAACUGACCGUGAUUUAAGAGAUACACUUCUUAAAGGUUACAACAAAGAUGUUCGUCCUGUACGAAAUAUUACCCAAAAUCUAAAUAUUGAUUUAUAUUUUAAAUCAGUCGUUAUAUACAAUCUGGAUUUGUUUGAAGGAAUAUUACAUAGUAAAAUAAUUAUAGAGUCUAGAUGGAAAGACGAAUAUCUUUGCUGGGAUCCCAUCAAAUAUGACAAUCUAACUCAAAUAGAAUUCCAAUCUGACUCCAUUUGGGCACCGAAUAUAUUUGUAAGCAAUGCAGAAAAAGUUACUAAAGGUUCAGGUUUUAGUGAAUAUAUUACAAAUAGUAAGUCGCUGUAUAAAAGAUCUACAAUUUAA